GACGAAUCAGCUGACGAUGCCUCCAUGACCCGGAUGUGUUUACAGUACGUUCCGCCCGCCGUGCUCUGUUUACAUUGGUGUUUCUUCUGUCUCUGGUUAUCAUCAAGAAAACCUGAGAGGAUUCCGUGACCGGAGCAGCGCCAUUACUAAGAUGCCUCUUGGACUAAAGCCAACGUGCAGCAUGUGCAAAACCACGUCCUCCUCUAUGUGGAAGAAAGGAAACCAGGGGGAGAUCCUCUGCAACAGCUGCACCGGGAAAGGCAGCGCCGGGGGUGGUAGUUACACUGGCAGCACCGCAGCCAGCAGCACCUACACCGGGACAAGUUUCGCCAGCACUUCAUCUGCCCAACAGAGUAAUGGAGGCAGCACUAAGCAGUCCAAGCAGGAAAUCCACAGAAGAUCGGCCCGACUGAGAAACACGAAAUACAAGUCCGCUCCGGCUGUGGAAAAGAAGGUGUCAACCAAGGGAAAGGGGAGGCGACAUAUAUUUAAACUGAAGAACCCUAUUAAAGCCCCAGAAGCUGUAUCUACAAUAGUGACUUCUGAAUCCAUCUUCCACAAGGGUCUGUAUUAUCAGACUGGCGAUGUGGUGUCAGUCACCGAUGAAGACGACUGUAAAACCUAUUAUGCCCAGAUCAGAGGCUUCGUUCAGGAUCAGUAUUGUGAGAAGAGCGCUGCCCUGACCUGGCUGAUCCCUACCGCCUGCAGCCCCAAUGACCACUUUGAUCCAGCUACUUAUAUCAUAGGUCCGGAUGAAGAUCUUCCAAGAAAAAUGGACUGCCUGGACUUUGUCUGCCACGCCCCAUCUGAAUACUUCAAGUCCCGGUCGUCGCCGUUCCCCACACUGCCUACCCGGCCUGAGAGGGGGUUCAUCUGGACUCACGUCGGCCCCACCCCAGCCAUCAACAUCAAGGACGCCAUUGGCAACCAUUUAUAGUUACGUCUGGACACAGCAGAUGAUGAUGUCACUGUGACCCCCGUAGGGUCAGGCAUCUAGUAUAGAAAGCAUGGCGGCUCUGGAAGGGGGUCUCUGCAUUGAGCCAUAAGCCGCCCACAACCUGAUCGCAGAAGCUGUGCGGACGCAGGAAUGGCCGGAGGGUUUCUGUAGCGGUCUCUACGCUGCCGUCCUCAGCUGUAACGUCAGUGACUGAAUGGUGUAAAAUAACAGAGAUGACCGAAUUAACUCUUAGCGAUGAGUAAUAGUGAAAUGUGAACUUAUAGGAAGCUCGGACGAUCAUCCUUGGAAUCAUCUUGUUUAAAAAUUGGCGCCGCUGAUCUAUUACUUUUUUUAAUGCCAUUUUAUUAUGGUAUAUUAAAGGGGUACUCCGCUGCUCAGCAUUUGGAACAGACUAUUCCAAACGCUGGC